UGGGAGUGUUGAAGGAGCCAGACAACACUGCGCAGCCGAGCUGUCAAACAGUUGAAAUAUCUAACCACGGCAGACGGCAAUUGUGUCUUACUAAUGAGAAAACAAAAUGCCACAUAAGGGGGAUUGUGAGUUUACGGUUAGAGGUCAGCUAUACUUCGUGUAGUUAGCUAGAGUUACUUCGGCGUUGGCUGCAAUAACUUCUAGUUUGUUAGCGAACUGGAGUGGCUAACGUUAGCUAGCAUCUCGUCUUGGACUGUUGACAAACUAAACUAGCUAACGGUAUCUAGCUACACCAGCGAGCUAGCCAACUAACCACAAUAAAGUUAUCCGGCUAGAUAACGUUACUCUACCAGCUCGUUCAUGGGGAGUAUAUCAAAUAGCCUGCAAGUUAUUAUUGCAGUGAGAUGGAACUAAGUUUGGCCUGUUUCAUCAAGUUGUUGAAGAGUCCAUCAUCUCAUCGUUUUAAUGACACACGUCAAGGGCUGUAAAGGGUUGCAAAGGAGUUGUCGAAAAUGUGAAACUUUCAUUGAGUCCUCCACAGAGUUCACAGUGAAGAGGCAAUGAUGGAUCGGAACAAGCGCAACUCCAUCGCCGGCUUCCCCUCCAUGAGGCCUGACCGGCUCGAUGACCUGGAUGGUGGAGGAGGAGGGGAAUGGGCCCCGUCUCAGGUGGGAAGAGUGUGCCCCUCAUCCUACCGUGCCCUCAUCAGUGCCUUCUCCUGCCUGACGCGCCUUGAUGACUUCAUUUGCGAGUGGAUCGGCUCUGGCUUCUUCUCAGAGGUCUACAGAGUGCGCCACAGAGUGUCGGGCCAGGUGAUGGCUCUGAAGAUGAACAAACUGAGCAGUAAUCGAGCCAACAUGCUGAGAGAGGUCCAACUGAUGAACAGACUGUCCCAUCCCAAUAUCCUCCGGUUCAUGGGUGUGUGUGUUCAGGAAGGCCAGCUCCAUGCUCUGACUGAGUACAUCAACGGUGGGAACCUGGAGCAGCUGUUGGACAGCAACAAGCCUCUGAGCUGGGCUGCCAGGCUCAAGCUGGCCUGUGAGAUCGCCAAUGGCCUGGGCUACCUGCACUCCAAAGGCAUUUUCCACCGGGACCUAACCUCCAAAAACUGCCUGAUCAAGUCUGAGGAGAAUGUCUACACAGCAGUGGUAGGAGACUUUGGUCUUGCUGAGAAGAUUCCCAACCAAGAUGGUGAGGGGGAGAAGCUGGCGGUGGUGGGCUCUCCCUUCUGGAUGGCUCCCGAGGUGCUGAGAGAUGAACCCUACAAUGAGAAGGCGGAUGUGUUCUCCUACGGUAUUGUCCUCUGUGAGAUCAUUGCCCGAAUACAGGCCGACCCCGAUUACCUUCCUCGCACUGAAAACUUUGGCCUGGAUUAUCAUGCCUUCCAGCACAUGGUAGGAGACUGUCCUCAUGACUUCCUACAGCUGGCCUUCAACUGCUGCAACAUGGACCCCAAGCUGCGGCCCUCAUUCCCGGAGCUCGUCAAGAGGCUGGAGGAGAUCCUGUGUCGGUUGAAGGCAGAGGAGUCUGGACGAGAGAGGAUCCCCCUCAGUGGGGAAAAUGACAAGAAGACCAUCCCCAAAGGUCCAGGUGAAAAGGUCCAGGGGAUUAAGAGGUUAAACUCGUUGGGUCUGCAGGACGACAAGAUCCCUCCCAAAUCACCACGUCCUCGUCGCAACAUCUGGCUCUCCCGCAGCCAGUCAGACAUCUUCUCCCGCAAGCCAGGCAGGAAGGUCAAUGUCCAUGACCCUUACUACAACCCAGGCCCCAGGGCUGUGCCAGGGGCCCGCAAGAUCAACCCCUUCAAUGCCCGUGAGGACCUGUGCGGAGGCAAGAUCAAGUUCUUUGACGUGCCAAGCAAGUCCGUGUUCUCCCUGAUGUUCGACUUGCACUCUCUCCAGGACAGCGUGUUUUCCUCUGGGACCCAGACCCACUCUGGAGCCCCCGUCCACCCGGGCAUGUGGCAGGAGACCUGGUUCACCGGCAGGCAGUGCCGCUCUCUGCCUGCCUCCCCCCAGCUGGCCCUCUCAGAUGGCUCCUGCCCCCCGACCUCCUGUCCCAUCUCUGCCACUGUCUACAAGUGUGACCCGGCCCAGCUGGGCCAAGAGGUCAGGCAGAAGGUGCUCAGCGCCUGGGCCAGGAAAUAUGCUGUGAUAGAGAUCCCGCCGUACCAUGGAGGUCAAGAAAAGGUAAAGAAAGAGGAGGAGAACAGAGUAGAUGAGAGCUGGCUUCCUUCUCCCAUGCCCAGUGACAGUGCAGAGGCUAUGGACUGCUCUAGCAGCCAAGGGAGCCCAGUGGAGGACAAGGACAAACACUUCUACCCCAUGCAGGCCCAGAAUGGAGGACCAGUGGAGGACAGUAGAGGCGUGGUGUCUAUGUGUGAGGAGAUGGAGGCUGAGGACCAGGAGGGCAUGCAGCAGCAGCAACAGACCUCCUGUUCCACUGUCACCCUCAGCCCAGCCACAAACGGAGGCCAUCUGAGUCCCAUCGUACUGGUGCCAUGUACGGCCAUACACGCCUCCACAGAACUGCCAUCUUCAGUGUGACAUCUAGGACUAAAACAGAUCAUGGAGAAAAGGCGCUUUGAGAGAGACACUCCUCAGAGAGACCCUCAGAUCAUCUUUAUCGAUGCUUUGCAGAUAGAUUAUUUUUUCAAGAUUGUUUUUAUUUAAUAUACUGAAAAGUGCUUAUUUUUUUUCUUAAAGGUGUCCCUAAACCAGGGUUCUUCUAAUUCCUUGAUGUUAUUUGUGUGUAUGCUGGUUUUAAAUCACUGCCUACUCCUUGAUGUUUUAUUGUGAUUAUAUUCUGCCCCAUAGGGAAAUGCAUGGAAGUACAUGUACAGUUGAAGUCGGAAGUUUACAUACACCUUAGCCAAAUACAUUUAAACUCAGUCUUUCACAAUUCCUGACAUUUAAUCCUUGUAAGAAUUCCCUGUUUUAGGUGAGUUAGGAUCACCACUUUAUUUUAAGAAUGUGAAAUGUCAGAUUAAAAGCAGAUAAUUAUUUAUUUCAGCUUUUAUUUCUUUCAUCACAUUCCCAGUUGGUCAGAAGUUUACAUACACUCAAUUAGUAUUUGGCAGCAUGGCCUUUAAAUUGUUUAACUUGGGUCAAAUAUUUUGGAUAGCCUUCCACAAGCUUCCCACAAUACGUUGGGUGAAUUUUGGCCCAUUCCUCCUGACAGAGCUGGUGUAACUAAGUAAGGUUGUAGGCCUCCUUGCUCGCGCACGCCUUUUCAGUUCUGCCCACAAAUUUUCUAUGGGAUCGAGGUCAAUACCUUUGUUGUCCUUAAGCCAUUUUGCCACAACUUUGGAAGUAUGCUUGGGGUCAUUGUCCAUUUGGAAGACCCAUUUGCGACCAAGCUUUAACUUCCUGACUGAGGUCUUGAGAUGUUACUUCAAUAUAUCCACAUAAUUUUCUGUCCUCAUGAUGCCAUCUAUUUUGUGAGUGCACCAGGCCCUCCUGUAGCAAAGCCCCCCCACAACAUGAUGCUGCCACCCUGUGCUCUACGGUUGGGAUGGUGUUAUUCGGCUUGCAAGCAUCCCCCUUUUUCCUCCAAACAUUACAAUGGUCAUUAUGGCCCAACAGUUCUAUUUUUGUUUCAUCAGACCAGAGGACAUUUCUCCAAAUAGUAUGAUCUUUGUCCCCAUGUGCAGUUGCAAACCGUAGUCUGGCUUUUUUAUGGCGGUUUGGUAGCAGUGGCUUCUUCCUUGCUGAGCGGCCUUUCAGGUUAUGUCCAUAUAGGACUCGUUUUACUGUGGAUAUAGAUACUUUUGUACCUGUUUCCUCCAGCAUCUUCACAAGGUCCUUUGCUGUUGUUCUGGGAUUGAUUUUCACAUUUCGCAUCAAAGUACGUUCAUCUCUAGGAGACAGAACGCGUCUCCUUCCUGAGCGGUAUGACGGCUGCGUGGUCCCAUGGUGUUUAUACUUGCGUACUAUUGUUUGUACAGAUGAGCGUGGUACCUUAAGGUGUUUGGAAAUUGCUCCAAGGAUGAACAAGACUUGUGGAGGUCUACAAUUUCUUUUCUGAGGUCUUUGCUGAUUUCUUUUGAUUUUCCAAUGAUUUCAAGUAAAGAGGCACUGAGUUUGAAGGUAGGCCUUGGAAUACAUCCACAGGUACACUUCCAAUUAACUCAAAUGUUGUCAAUUAGGCUAUCAGAAGCUUCUAAUGCCAUCAUUUUCUGGAAUUUUCCAAGCUGUUUAAAGGCACAGUCAACUUAGUUAUUGUAAACUUCUGACCCACUGGAAUUGUGAUACAGUGAAAUAAUCUGUCUGUAAACAAUUGUUGGAAAUAUUACUUGUCAUGUACGAAGUAGAUGUCCUAACCGACUUGCCAAAACUAUAGUUUGUUAACAAGACAUUUGUGGAGUGGUUGAAAAACCAGUUUUAAUGACUCCAACUAAAGUGUAUGUAAACUUCCGAUUUCAACUAUACCUAUGAAAGUAACAAAUCUAACACUCUUAACAUGGAGAAAGGGUUGUGGUCUGAAUGAAAAAUGGCAUACUCACUGCCUUCCCAACAUUGAGAUCCCUGCCUUAAGAUUCAAUGUGACUGGUAGUAUUUUUGUUCUGGACGAUUGUGCGUUUCAGAUGAACGAGUCCAAGCUAAGGUGUAGGGAAUAGAUCCUUACCGUUUUUAUUAAAGGGCUAGUUAAUGAGUGGUUUACCAGACUACUGAGGUCUCUUGUGGAGACUAAUAAAAAUGUACAUUACAGAGCAUUUAAACAGUAAACUUACCAGUAAAACAAGUUUGUUUAAAUGUACACCCCCACGACCACUGGAAAUGUGAUCGUUUGUACGUACCAUUAACAUUUUGAAAUGUUUGGCAGGCCUAUAUGUUGGUGUGCACAUUUUUAAGGAUUGUUUUUCAGAUGACUGCUUAGAGAGAAACUGGUUCAGAAUCUACCAAAGUAUCACUUUAUAGCUCUAUGUAUAGAGGAAUGUGUUGUGUGGCUUGAAUGUGUGAUCCACCACACUUUUGUCAGCAGCUCUGUUGGGUAUAAGCUGUGCAAACAGCACUAGUUGGUGUGGAUGGCUCACUCACUCGUGCUUUGGUUCAUGACUCCCUUGGCACCUGUUUUGAUAUACUGAAAUACUCCAGUAACUACUUUAAUAGGAAAUUGCACUUGAAAAGAACAAUGUUUAUCUCGUUUAUCACUACAUUUCUAUGCAAUAAAUGUAAACUGUGUCAGGAUUGUUUUGCAUAGAGGAUCUAUUUUGAUAUUUAUAAAAAGAUCAAUUUGACAUCUUUACUGCUUUGUAUGCAGUUUGUCUGGAUGCACUGUUGUGAUAUUGAUUGUUCAAAUUCUGUAUUUAGUUGUUAUUCCCCUCCAGUCUUGGCUGAUUUAUGAACAUUUAUUAGCAGAACGCUUGUUUUAAUCCAAAUCUGGUUUGAGUUGUACUUUGUUUAAGGAACAUGUUCCCAAUCGCUUAAAUAAAUGUUUAUAUUUUG